AUAAAAAAACUUCAGGCCCCCCUGCAAAAGUCAGUCCCCCAGUUGGGCCACCCCAAUCCAAAAUAAUUGGGUAACUUGUGCAGCAUCUCUGUUGUGUUAUUGUUUCUUAAACUCAGACAUCUUAGAUGUAAUUGUUAUACGCAUCAGCCAAUCAGCUGCCUAAUGUCCAAGUGACAAACAGUCCAAACCAGAUUCUCAGACUACACACCCAGUGAGGGCGACCUGCUUCACAGCCGAUACCACAGACUGCACAGUAACGCACAUCGAGUCAGCCAUGGAGUACAAGGAUCAGAUUGAUGAACUUGUUGCCACUGCCAAAUUUGGAGACCUGAUAGAGUUUUGCUACCCCAUCGGAUAUUCACACUGGGGAGUGUAUGAUGAAGAUGGAUACGUCAUCCAUUUUGCUGUUGCAGAGGAGGGACAACUCAUGAACAAAGUACGGACCUACCUACAAGCAUUGAUCCCGGUAUGUGGGGACCUUCUUCUGGGCGUCACCAAGAUCCGCAGAAUGCCAAUCGGUGAGGUGACUGUUCCAGAAGGAACCCACGUCUCCAUCGCCAACAACCGCCACGCCUUCAGAGCAACAGAGCAGAAGGACAUGAGGCGACGGCGAGAUGCCCUUCUUGAUCAGGAACUCACAUACAGACUCCUCACUCUCAACUGCGAGCACUUUGCCACCUUUGUACGCUACGGGAAAGCUGUGUGCAACCAGAUUCCUGCAAAAUCAAAGAACGUGGAGUGUCAGGUGGCAACCGCAGCCUUCAGCGAAAUUGUCAGCUCAAACGAUACAACUAAAGAUCUUUUUGGAUGAACUCUACCUUUUUUAAAUGUUCACAUUUUUCACUUUAACAUUUCUGUUGCUCUUUUUGUGGAUGUGGCUCAGGUUUCUUUGUAAAGCUGGGAGGAGCUGGAAGUUUUUCUGUCAAUAAUUCAGCUGAAAAUAUGCAUGUUUGGGCUGCAAGUGAUGUUUGUCAUGAUCAAUUAAUCAGCCAAAUCUUUCCUUAAUAAAGUGAACAAUUGUUUCGA